UCAUCCCAGCCUGGCCUGGCUCUGGCUCUGGCUCUGGCUCUGGCUCUUGCGCUCGACCAUAGCCCCUAUCCCGUCCGUCUGUCCUCUUCCUGCCUGCCUGUCUGCCUGUCUGUCUGCCCCAGCGGUCUUCACUCUCUUGAUAUCUGCUUCGACAUCUGCUUCGACAUCUGCUCGGCCAACAACAGCUCCUCGAAUCACGAGCAUGUCGAUGCAGCUAGCGGGCAGCCGUGGAGAAACACUGGUGAAACAGCAGCAGCACAUCGUGAGGCCUAG